AUGAUUGUUUCCCUUGUACGGAGCUUCAAAUUCCAGGACAAUUUGGAGAUAAAACUCAAUACACCUAGCACAAAAGCUAUGGUACAGGAAUCCAUGAUCAAUGCAGAGAAUAUCCGCUUAUACCAGAAAGAGGCAGAAUCAUUCAUACGCUUGGAUGUAACGGAUCCUACUACCGAAAAUCAUCUCGGUAGAUGA